CGUAAGUUUUAUUUUGAAAGUCUAUCGUGGACCCGUAAUCUACCUUCUUUGUUCUGUUUCCCCAAUGUACAUUUGAGGGAACAAGCAAGAUAUAUCCUCUCUACUGCAAGCCUUAUUCCAGUUGAAAUCUAGAUCAAAAUUAUGUGUGGGCCAAUGACGCGACAUCCCGAUGUUUGGGCUUUGUCAACUGGGUGGAGUUGCAGGAAUGCAAGCUAACGAUCCAGAGCUAGCAGUGACACUGCUAACGUCGACGGAGGUACAUGGAGUGAACUAACUCCGUGAAAUUCGGACAGGUUUGCUGAACAAUCACGUCGGCUAUAUGAGAUUAAAACGUCAAAUCAACGUAAUUUACUUCCACAUUAAACGGCCCUAAAACAGGUGUUGCCGAAAGCAAGAUAUGGAAACCAGAGGUGUAACUAAUAAAUGCUGUAUUUUUGUGGUGUAGACCUAAGUAAUGCAACAACAGAACCCCACUGAUAUUUUUGUACUACCUGGACUGACAGUCUACGUGUGCUUUUCCAAUAAGCUGACUAACAAGUAAGGCAAGAGAAGCUAAUAAGUUUUCAGUAUCAAAGGAGAAACCAUGACCGCUGUGGUAGGAAGAGCAUGGGGGUGGGUUCGCUCCUGGGGCAGCAGCAGUAGUGCUGUGUCUGACAAAACCACAAUGAAGGAAGUUCAAAACAAUAGGGCCAGUGACACCAGCGAAUGUACUGUCAGUGUAAAAACUUGGACCUCUUGGUUUUGGGGAGGAUGGAAUCGGCAAAAAGAACAAAUCAGUCCUGUAGAGGACGAGUAUUGGGAGGCUCCAGAGAAACUUCAGCCUGUGGAAAUUGAAGAACUCUGGGCAGGGAAAAAAGAGCCAACUGUUCAACAUGUUUCAAAAUGGUGGAAUAAAUACCUUCCAAAGUCGUACCGUCCUUGGACAGAGAAAACACUACCAAGUGGACUCAGGAAAAGAAAAUGCCACAUCAGCAAAACCGAUUGGGAUAUUGAUGGGGAUUAUUCAGACUACGGAACACCUCCUCCAUCCCCAACACCACUUUCCCGGCUGACAUCACCUUUCAGACUCUUUGUGCACAACCAACAUGUGGAAUUGUACCCAGAGCACUAUGAAAUUUGCUUUAAUUUCCUCCGCCACCUGUUUGACCUGUUUGUGGUGGGAUUCCUGUGGAUUGUGUCACCUCCUGUCAAGCUGAUCUUGGAGAUUGUGGGCAUCCAGGGACCACUGAAGCUUUGGCUACAUGGCAUGGCAAUGUUUUUUGUGUCCACGGUGGGAAUGGCUGGACUACUUUGGCUGAUCCAGGAGCAUCUCCCUGAGUUUGCGUUGAUUUACGGCAUUGUGCAAGCCUUAGUGAUCUCUGUCAGCUUAAAAAAGAGUGUGCUCUUUGGAAUGGAAGAAGAACAAACCGUAAUGGAGGUGGAGAACAGAGAAACUGAAUUGACAGAUGACGAGAAAAAAGAAAAGCUCAUCUGAUCAAAGGACAAGACAAAGACAACAUAAAGCUUCCGGGUCGCGGGCGGCGCUGGCGCCUAUCUCAGCUACAAUCGGGCGGAAGGCGGGGUACACCCUGGACAAGUCGCCACCUCAUCGCAGGGCCAACACAGAUAGACAGACAACAUUCACACUCACAUUCACACACUAGGGCCAAUUUUAGUGUUGCCAAUCAACCUAUCCCCAGGUGCAUGUCUUUGGAAGUGGGAGGAAGCCGGAGUACCUGGAGGGAACCCACGCAUUCACGGGGAGAACAUGCAAACUCCACACAGAAUGAUCCCGAGCCUGGAUUCGAACCCAGGACUGCAGGACCUUCGUAUUGUGAGGCAGACGCACUAACCCCUCUGCCACCGUGAAGAGCAAUGAAUCUUUUUGAAAUAUUUAUUGCAGUAAUCAUCUGCAAAUUUAACAUCUACAAAAGUAAAACAAAAAAUAAAGCACCCCUACAUCUCUGGGUUUUUUUAUAUUAUUUAAUUUCCAUUUAUGUCAAUGUGGCGAAUCCUAUUUCAGAUACACAAAACUAUAAAAUAUACACAAAAUAAUAAAGCCACAGUAGUAGAAUAAAUGAACAACUUGUGUGUCUGUUCAGGGAAUCAUUUUCUGAGAAGUAAACUGUAACGUCUCAUUUUCAUUUUUGCAAAGUGGUCAAUCACUCUGGACAGACAUGGAAAUAUUACAGUAACUGUUAUACAGCUGACCAGUGGUUCCCAACUGGUGGGUCUUGACAUAAAAGUGGAUUGUGUGCCAUGUUCAGUGAGUCGUAGUCAGAUGUGUGCAUGAAAUAAAAAGUUUAGGGAGAAAAAAAUCAAAUUGUGGCAACAAAACCAGAUUAUUUUAGCCUUUUUUCUAGUGACUAUUAGUGAGUAUUUUAGCAAAAUGCAAACUGACUAACAAGUUGGAGGAGGACUCAGGACAGACAUGGAAAUAUAUUUUUUAAAAAUCUAAAUGGGGCAACAAAACCCAAUAUUUUCAGCCAUCUUUCUGAAAACAAAUACAGAAAUGUUACUAUUUUUUCUGGAAACAAAACAAGAUGCUUUAGCUGUAGCCAUUUUUCUGGUGACAAAACAAGAUUAUUUUAGUCAAAGUCACACCGAUUAACAAGACAAGUCUACUGUGCUAUUUUUCUGUGAAAUAAACUUGAAUGAUUUAAAAAUUUGGCUCACGACUUGAGGAUAUGGAAAAAAAUUUUAUUCCUGAAGAUAACCAUUUGAGAAGCACUCAACUCACACAUGCUUACUCCAAAUCAUCAUUGAUGCAGAACCAGCAGACAAUAACCAACAUGAUGUUUCAUGUUCAUUGGAAAUUCCCCCGACAGCUCGUACAGCAAAUGAAUAUGUUUGUCUUGAUACAAGGAAGAACGUUAGCUAACUUAGCAUCAACUUAAGACAAUGAUGUUGCCUAGCUAGCUAGGACUUCACUUACAUCUCUCAUUCCUGCUGCUUCUUCUCUGCUGCAGGCGAAUAACUUUCUGAUAUCCAUCUAGGAGUUACAGUUUGAGUCAAAUCAAAAUCAAAAUAAUUGUUGUUGGCUAAUGUUACCUACCUCAGCAGUGAUUCGCAUCGCCUCUCUCUCUCUCUCUCUCUCUCUCUCUCUCUCUCUCUCUCUCUCUCUCUCUCUUUCUGUCUCUCUCUCUCUCUCUCUCAACCGAAGUCUCGAUCCACGCGUGAAUAAAUUACCAUAUUAAUUAGCCAUGUGUCAUUGUUACGUGGAGUGAAUACAGUAGCAAUCAAUUACCAUACUAAGUAGUAUGUGCGCUGUUGUCUAUGUUAUGUAGACUUAAAACUCUGAAGCGUUUUUUUUUUUUAUCAGUGAAAUUUCUACUGGGGCACUGCAGAUCAACAGUGGGGCACGUGCCCCAGUGAAAUAUGUCUGGCGACGCCCCUGCCCAAGGCAUGGGUAACUUACACAUCUGUGAAGGCACCAUUAAUGCUGAAUGGUCCAUACAGGUUUUGGAGCACAUAUGUUUCCAUCCAAGCAACGUUAUCAUUGACGCCCUUGCUUAUUUCAGCAAGACAAUGCCAAGACACUUGUUAGAUCAGUGUGGCUUCAUAGUAAAAAAAGUGCAGGUACUAGACUGGCUUGCCUGUAGUCCAGACCUGUCUCCCAUUAAAAAUGUGUGGCGCAUUAUGAAGCCUAAAGUACCACAACAGAGACUCCAGACUGUUGAACAACUUAAGCUGUAUAUAAAACAAGAAUGGGAAAGAAUUCCACCUUAAAAGCUUCAAAAAUGUGUCUCCUUAUUUCCCAAAGGUUUAUUAAGUGUUGUUAAAAGAAUAGGUGAUGUAAUAGUGGUGAACAUGCCCUUUCCCAACUACUUUGGCACGUGUUGCAGCCAUGAAAUUCUGAGUUAAUUAUUUGGAAAAAAAAUACGUUUUGCGUUUCAACAUCAAAUAUCUUGUCUUUGAAGUGCAUUCAAUUUAAUAUGGGUUGAAAAGGAUUUGCAAAUCAUUGUAUUUCGUUUAUAUUUACAUCUAACACAAUUUCCCAACUCUUAUGGAAACUGGGUUUGUGUGAUGAUUAACUUGUGUGAUGACUAUAUUAUGCUGAUAGUAUAUAUUUGUACCAUGAAUUGAUUAACGUGGACCCCAACUUAAACAAGUUGAAAAACUUAUUCAGGUGUUACCAUUUAGUGGCCAAUUGUACGGAAUAUGUACUGUAUGUACUGUGCAAUCUACUAAUAAAAGUUUCAAUCAGU